CUUAGUACAAAAUUAUCGGCAAAUGUGUGGCAUUCGCACUUCAUGACAGUGGAUUCAAAAUGAAUUUAACUAAUAUUAUAUUUAUUUUCACAAUAUUAGCUGUAGUUAGUGCAGUGAAGAAAAGUUACGAUGGGUAUUCACUAUAUAAAAUCAUACCAAAAGAUGACAGUGAAGUGAACGUAUUACAAGAAAUUAAACGCAAGAAUCUGGGCGAGUUCUGGAGUGAUGAUUUCAAGGUUGGCUUUGAUGCCAAGAUCAUGGUGGCUCCGGAAAAGCGUGAUGAGUUUGUCCAAUAUGUAACAAAUGAAAAUAUUGAAGCGACAGUGGCUAUUGAAGAUAUACAAACAGCGAUCAACCGUCAACUUAAUCCUGACGUCAUUAGAACUUCUCAAUCCUAUCUGUCUUACUCUUGGUCAGAAUACCACAACUUAAACGCCAUCUACACAUGGCUUGAUGAACUUCAAACAAACCAUCCGAAUAUUGCCAAAACUGUUGUCAUGGGUCAAUCUGUAGAAAACAGAGAUAUUAAAGGAAUCGUCAUUAAUCAUCACCCGGAAAGAGAAAAUAAAAGAGUUGGAAUGAUAGAAGGUACACUUCAUGCUCGUGAAUGGAUUUCUGCAGCGACGGUUACUUGGAUCAUUAAGGAAUUCUUGACUAGUGAUGACCCUGAAAUUAGAGCUUUGGCAGAAAACUUCGAAUGGCAUAUCUUCCCUGUAGUUAACCCUGAUGGUUAUUCUUAUACUUUUACUGAUAAUCGUAUGUGGAGAAAGAAUCGUAGUCCCGCUUCUAUAAAGACUUGCCCAGAAGGUACUGAUGACGAUAUGAGCCACGGUGUGGAUCUCAAUAGGAACUUUGAUUUUCAAUGGCUGACUGUAGGCGCAUCCAAUGAUUCCUGCACAAAUACAUUUGCUGGUCCAACGGCAUUCUCAGAGCCUGAAACGAGAGCCAUUGCCCAAUAUGUGGGCACCCUCAAUGACCAAGGAGAAUUUGUUUACUAUAUCGCGUUCCAUUCUUACACCCAGUUGAUCAUCAUACCUUAUAGUCACGUGCAAAGUGAUGGCUCACUGCUCUCUGGAAAUUAUGGUGACAUGUACGAAAUUGCAAUCAGAGGAGCUGAUGCCUUGAGGAAAAGAUAUGGAACAACUUACCGAGUUGGUUUGUCUGCUAAUGUGAUGUAUCCCAUGAGCGGCACCAGUUUCGAUUGGGUCAAGCACGCCUACAACGUGCCCGUUACUUACCUCAUGGAGCUUCGUGACCUUGGGGAGUUCGGUUUCCUGCUUCCAGCCAAUCAGAUCAUACCAACGGCUUUAGAAACUAUGGAUGCUCUUGUGGAGAUGGAUAGGAAUACAGAGAAGAUUGGAUAUUACCAUGCUUCGGCUGGUGGCAUGUUUUAUUCUAUGACUGUUGUUUUAGCUGGUGUUUUUAUUAUUUUGUUCCAUUAACAACCGUUUGUUAAAAUACUCUUGACUGCAGCUUCCAGACAUAGUUAAAUUUUAAUCAAUACUCAUUUAGUUUGUACUAAAUCAUGACAGCUAAACAAAGCAAUCAAACGUUUUUUAAAUAAAAUAUGUUACCUUAACUAACAGUAUGUUUAAAAGGUGUUAAAAGUAAUUAAAAAGCUUAAAUAAUAUGUGCUCUCGAUACAAUAUCCUCUUACCAACAAAAUAAAGAACUAUUUAUUUAUAA